CGUUUUACGUUUGUACAUAAAGUUAGCAUUAACUGCUACUAAGGUCAGUGGUUUUCAUUUGACGAACGUAGAAGUCGGUUUUAUGCAGAAAUGUUUUUUAAAUACGCAAUAUUUUUCUGUGUUCUUUUGUUUAUUGUUGAUACAAAUGCACGAGUCAAAAGAGAGGUCACUCCCCCGGUCACUACGAGUCCAGUAGCCAUUAACGUAGAAGCACUCAAGAAGAACAUGGAAGCGUUCAAGAAGUGCAUUGAUGAAAGCCUCGCGACUGCAGUUGGAGGCGUCAAUGAACAACAUUUGCAGCCUAUUUUCAAUGUUAUCGGGGAUAAUCUGAAUAGGUUCUCUAGAGCUUUUGAAGUGUUAACAGCACCGAAACCAAACGAUACCAACGUCUAAGCAGUGCAAACAGAGCUAUCAAGAGAUGAUUUACGGAUGAAACUCACGUUGAUUAAAUAGUUCUUAAAAUA